AUGGAAGGAUUUUCACUGAUCGCAACCCCAUUGACUAAGUUGUUACGUAAAGGUGUACCGUUUGACUCGAUUAAUGCAGAGCAAGAGAGCUUUGAGAUGCUUAAGACUGUACUGACUGAGGCUCCUGUUUUGGUACAGCCUAAACUUGGAAAGGAGUUCACGGUUUAUAGUGAUGCAUCAUAUGUCGAUUUGGAAUGUGUGUUGAUGCAGAAGGACUUCAUUACUGCUUUCCAUCCUUAUACAUAUGGUCAGUCGGAGUGGGUGAUUCAGAUACUGGCGGACAUGUUGAGGAGCUGUGCUAUUGAUUUCCGAGGUAGUUGGGAGGAGUACUUGCCGUUAGCGGAGUUUGCUUACGAUAAUAGCUUCCAGUCUAGGAUCUAG